AUGAAAUACCAAGGGCCUACCAAGUUCGAGCUCCUUGUACUUAUCACGAAGUACAACCUGGCACACCCCACGGAUAAGAUAAAACCUCAAGUCACUGACACCAUCAAAGAACGUGAUUCUAAGAUGGUGAACGAGUUCUUAGCACAAGAAGCAACCAGUCGAGCUCAGUAUCCUUACAACAGCUUUCAACGUCAAGCUCAAAGGCUCCAACCAUUACUUGAGAAGGUUUUGGCACUUACGAACUUCGACUCUUAUAAUGAGCUGGAUUGGAUGGAGCUAUUGAUUGCUGUGAACGAUAUGUUGAAGCUGGUGAGGUCGAAGAUGCAGGAAACCCAAAAGCUGAAUAGCGAGCGAAUACAGAAAGACUUGGAGAGGAGAAAAGCUGAGUAUGCUAUCGAAAAGCUACAAAGAGCGGAAGAAGAGCAGAAGAAGGUUGAGAAAGCAAAGCCGGAUAAAGAGCUAGCGGAAAAGGCUAAGCAGGCUGUUGCAGCUGAGCAAUCCCAAGCGUGUCCUCCACCAAAAGUACGUCGACCAAAUAAGCUACAAAAGAAACCAAAUCCCUUAAUAUGUCCGAAUGAAGUCCUGAAGACCAAGGAACAAAAGAUCGAGAUUCCAGACGUAACUGCAGCACUGUCUACCAGUCCGAAGGCUCCGGAUGAUCAGAAUGCAGGUUCUACCACUGAAGUUCCCGUCGAUAUCCCUCCACCAUUACCGCCAAGAUGUCCAUAUCCGACUGGAAAUGCGAUCACAACCAAUUCUGAAGCUUCCGUUCCUCCGAAGCCGACGGAUACUCCGGAGGCCAAGUUCUAUCAAGUUCCAGGCUGUUUCCCAGAUUCACCACCACCUCUACCCCCACGCAAAGAUACUCCUAGAGACCCAGCUAGGGCUAUCACUCCACCUACCCGUCCCGUUCUCCACACACGAUCUCGAAGCAAAGAAGAUCCAAAAAAGAAAGUGUCAUUUAACGGAACUGAAGUUGAUCGUACAACAGUUGAAGAUACCGUCAUGACUGGCAUGGAUAUGCCGGGGAACAAUCCAGAGGCUCAAAAGGACGAAUCACUAGAGAUCUUGUCUGUUAUCCAGCCCGAGGAAGUUUGCCCAGAAGAGAAAGUUCCCAAGAGAAAGAAGGGAACGGAGCCAGAACAUCACCAAAGGAAAAUGGAUAAAGCCCAUUAUGAUGCUUUGAGGGUUGCCUCUGAAAUCAGGAAGUUCUCUUGGCCUGGAGUGGGAGGGAAGUAA